UCAUUUUGUUAUACACUUAUGUAAUUUUAUUGCAAUUUCUUACAUUGCAGAGUUGUACUUGCAUAGCGAAAUUGCGGAAAUAAAUCACUCAAUUACGCCGCUCGCCUUCUAUCGAGAGUACGUCUCGAAAAAUGUACCAUUAGUUAUAAGAGACGCGGUGCAACAUUGGCCUGCUAUAGAAAAAUGGUCUAUACCAUAUUUUCGCAAUGUAAUCGGCGAUGAAGAGGUUUCAGUCGCUGUAACGCCAAAUGGCUAUGCAGACGCGAUAGCUAAAAGAGACGACAAGGAAUUUUUCGUAAUGCCCGAGGAACGUAUACUCGCAAUGUCAAUGUUUCUCGACACGUUAGAGAACAGGAGAGAAAGCAGUAUAUUUUACAUACAGAAACAAAACUCGAAUUUUAUACAAAGUUUUCGUAAGUUGUGGCCGGACGCAGAAAUUGAGAUAUCGUGGGCGAGCGAAGCGUUUGGAAAGCAGCCUGACGCUGUGAACUUUUGGAUGGGAGACGAAAGAGCUGUAACUUCCAUGCACAAAGAUUCUUACGAAAAUAUAUAUUGCGUCGUGUCCGGUGAAAAAAAUUUCAUUUUACACCCUCCCACGGAUUUACCAUGGAUUCCAUAUCUAAAUUAUCCGUCUGCCGUUUACAAGGAAUAUGAACCCGGGAAAUGGAUCAUCGAGUCGUUAGCCAAUGAAACGCCCGAUUUAGAAGGAAUCACAUCGACGCCGUGGAUAUGUGUAGACCCUCUAAAUCCAGACUAUGAAAAAUAUCCAGAAUAUCGUAAUACACAUAGCUUGAAAGUUACACUCAGAGCAGGAGAUAUAUUGUACUUGCCAUCUCUAUGGUUCCAUCAUGUGACACAGUCUCACGCUUGCAUGUCCGUCAAUUAUUGGUACGAUAUGGAAUUCGAUAUUAAGUAUGCCUACUUCAAAGCACUCGAGACAUUGUGCAAAUGAACGAGUAAGUGGUUAAGGCACGCUUUAAACAUUUUUUUGUGUGUGUAGAUGAUGCUUAUUUAUUUUAAGUCAUUUGGUGCAUGCAAGAGACUAAAGAAAUCUUAUCUUCAACAUAUAUCUGUGUUGCAUUUUUUU